CCCCAUAGUAAAAGCAGAUGUCGCCUCACUACUUAGCCGUGGGUAGGCAAGUUGCAGGCGCUUUCCGCGUGCGUACAUACAUACACCGUGAUAAACGAACAUUCAGCCGGCUCUAGCUAUUGUGCAAAAUAUAAACAGAACGUCCGAGCGAGCAAGCCUUCUGUGAAACUUUUUACAAAAACGGGGAGAGUCUACUAGAAUGCCACGAGAUUCACCUUGGUAAGCACACGCGGAUUGACAUUGUCUAACAGAAAAUACUAGGUCGCAGGAGCUGUAACUAUGGGGGAAACACUGGAACACUAAGCAGGAAAUUGGCAACGCGUUGUGUUCAAGAACCGUUUCUGCAUCGAGGUGCCCCAUGUUUUGUGCUCUGCAAUUACAGACUUUAACGAUAUAGUAAGAGGGAUUGCAUUUUUGGUGGUGUCGAGGACAACUAACAAACCAUGGAAAAGAACGAUAAGAAGGCAGUUAAAAACCCAAGACAGGCUGCCAAUCCAUUGUCAGUCCUUACGUUUAGGUGGCUACUCGGAACAUAUCUUACGGGUUUCAAGCGUGAAUUGGAGGUUGAGGAUCUGUACUCACCUUUGGAUGAACAUUCGAGUCGUCUUCUGGGUAAUAAGAUGUCUCGAUUGUGGAAUCAAGAGUUGGAGAUAUGUAAAAAAUCAAAGAAAAAAUCUACCCCAAGCUUACUCAAAGUAUUAGUGCGAUGCUUUGGCUGUGAUAUCUUAGUGUUCGGCUUUUUCCUAGGAUUCCUCGAAUUUGUCGUAAAAACUACUCAGCCUAUAAUUUUAGCUAAUUUAUUAAAGUACUUCAAAGCAAACGACACAUCGAAUUCUACGCUGCAAAACGAGCCAGUGAUGGAACGCGAGGAGGCUUUUUAUUGGGGCACUGGAAUUAUUCUCGGAGUUUUAUUAGAUUGCAUUAUAGGCCAUCCAGCCUCCCAAGGCUUGAUGCAUAUGGGUAUGAAAAUCCGAGUGGCAACUUGUUCGCUUAUUUACAGAAAGACUUUGCGGGUAUCAAAGAGCGCAUUUGAAGGCGAAACCAGUAUUGGACAGAUGGUGAAUUUGUUGAGCAAUGACGUCAACCGAUUGGAUUACUCAGUUUUUUCAAUACAUUACAUCUGGAUCGCACCUAUUCAAACAGCUCUCGUUUCGUAUCUGUUGUACCAAGAAGUGAGUUUGUCUGCUGUUGGGGGAAUACUCUUCCUAUUAAUUUUUAUACCUAUUCACGGAUGUUACGGAAAACUAGUUUCGUAUCUCACUUUGAAAUUUGCCUACAAAACAGAUGAACGGCUAAGACUGACUAAUGAAAUCAUCAGUGGCGUAAAAGUUAUCAAAAUGUACGCGUGGGAAAAACCGUUCUCUUAUCUCAUCGACAAAGCCAGAGAAAAAGAAGUCAAAAUUAUACGAAACAAUUUGAUGGCAACUGAAAUUAAUUGGUCGUUUGAAAGUUAUGUGCCGCGAGUUUGCUUGUUCAUAACGAUUCUGGUUUACGUUUUAUUAGGCAAUGACAUCAAUGCAGAAAAAGUUUAUCUCGUUACGGCUUAUUACAACGUAUUGCGAACGACACUCUACCGUUCAUUUGCACUGAGUAUCAAAGAAAUCGCUGAGGCUCUAGUGUCUGUACGUCGUCUGCAAAAAUUCUUGCUAUUUGAGGAAAUCGAUUAUAAAUCAUUAGCUAAUGGCACUGUCAACUUCAACAUCAAGAAUGAUGUUGCGUUAUCGUUCAAGAAUAUAACAGCCAAGUGGAACCCAGAAUCAAAGUUCGAAGCUCUGAAAAAUAUAACUUUGAACGUCAGGUCAAAAACCUUAACCGCAGUUGUAGGACAAGUAGGCUCCGGCAAAACGACUCUAUUGCACGCUAUACUCAAAGAGAUUCCAAUAACGCAAGGCGACUUGAAAGUCAAUGGAAAAAUUUCAUAUGCUAGCCAAGAAUCAUGGUUGUUUGCGUCAUCCAUCAAACAAAAUAUAUUGUUUGGCAAAACAAUGGAUAAUGAACGCUAUGAAAAAGUUGUCGAAGUGUGUCAAUUAAAGCGUGACUUUCAAUUACUACCGUACGGGGAUAACACUUUAGUCGGUGAGAAGGGAAUCAAUCUGAGUGGCGGUCAAUGCGCUCGCGUCAAUCUAGCUCGUGCCGUUUACUAUGACGCAGACAUUUAUCUUCUAGAUGACCCACUUUCAGCUGUGGAUAUACACGUGGGCAAAGGCAUCUUCGAUGAGUGUAUUAAAACAUUCUUAAAAAAUAAAACAGUAAUACUGGUUACCCAUCAACUCCACUUUCUGAAAAAUGUCGAUCGAAUUAUUAUUUUGAGUGGUGGUGCUGUUCAAGCGGAGGGGGCAUAUUCGCAGUUGAUCAAUUCUGGACUUGAUUUAGCUAAGAUGAUGAAGCUCGAGAAUGAGUCUGAGGAAAUAAACAAUGACAAUGAGAAUCCCAUUAAAGAGGGUACCACGAUUGUCGAGGCAGAAACUGUAAAUCAUGAGGAAGACGAACAAAUUGAAUCUAGAACGCUUGGAAAUAUAUCAGCGAAAACCUAUUUGCAGUACUUUAGAGCAGCGCGAAGUGGUUUUCUGGUGUUUAUAGUCUUUUUCAUUAGUUUAAUGUGCCAAGCUACAUCUUCUGGAGCUGAUUAUUUCAUUACUUACUGGGUUAAUAUAGAGGAGCAUGGCAAAAAUUUCACGUAUAAUGAAGACGAUAUUCUGAGAGGUCGCAGUUGGUACAUGUACACAUACGGUACAAUUACCAUAGCAACAAUGUUCGUAACUCUUGCGCAAGCCUACACUUUCUUUAACAUGUGUAUGAAAAUCUCCAGAAACCUUCAUGCAAUGAUGUUUAACAGUAUAAUUCGUACGACAAUGGCUUUCUUCAAUGCCAACCCGAUAGGACGUAUUAUGAACAGGUUUUCUAAGGACAUGGGUAUAGUUGACACAAGAGUUCCUCAAACAGUAAUUGACGUUAUGCAAAUAAGUAUGUUCACUUUCGCUGUUAUUGGUAUCGUAGCAAGUGUUAAUCUGUACUUCAUUGUGGCGGCUGUCAUUGUUGGUAUAAUUGCGUACUUCUUGAGAAUAUUUUACAUAAGAACUAGUCGUAGUAUCAAGAGAUUAGAAGGAAUAACCCGAUCACCAGUUUUCAAUCAUUUGAGUGCGAGUGUACACGGUAUAACCACGAUUAGAGCUUUAAAGGCCCAAGACAUACUGACCAAAGAAUUCGACGAACAUCAAGAUUUACACUCUUCAGCUUGGUUUAUAUUUUUUUCUGGUUCUAGAGCUUUCGGAAUGUACGUCGAAGUUUUAUGCGCAAUUUUUACCGGCGUAGUAGUAUAUGCUCUGUUAUCUAUCAAAAAUGUUGCCAUGGCAGGAGAUGCAGGACUUGUUAUUACACAGUGUAUUCUGCUGGCAGGAAUGCUUCAAUGGGGCGUGAGGCAAACAGCAGAAUUGGAAAACCACAUGACUUCCGUUGAGAGGAUAUUAGAAUAUUCAAAAUUACCCGCUGAACCAAAAUUAGAAAGAACGUUGGAACAUAAAAUUGCAGAUAAUUGGCCCACAAAUGGCAAAGUCAUAUUCAAAAACGUGACUUUGAUUUACGACCGUCAAGAAAAACCUGCGCUCAAAAACUUAGAUUUCACAGUCAAGCCAAAGGAAAUGAUUGGCAUUGUAGGAAGAACUGGAGCAGGGAAAUCUUCCUUGAUCAAUGCACUUUUCCGUUUGACCGAUAUCGAAGGCGAAAUUUAUAUCGAUGACGUACCAACAAGUGAAAUAGCCCUUCAACAUUUAAGAUCUAAAAUUAGUAUUAUACCACAAGAACCAGUUCUCUUUGCUGGAACUCUACGCCGUAAUUUAGAUCCUUUCGAAGAAUAUACCGAUAAUGAUUUAUGGUGUGCCUUACAAGAUGUUGAACUGAAAGAACUUUUGAAUUCUGAUUUGGGACUGAAUAUGAGGGUGAUGGAAGGUGGUAGUAAUUUUAGUGUUGGACAAAGACAAUUAUUAUGCUUAGCUCGCGCUAUUGUAAGGAAUAAUAAAAUACUUGUACUUGACGAAGCCACUGCCAAUGUUGAUCCUAGUACUGAUGAACUCAUUCAAAAAGCCGUCCGUAGAAAAUUUGAAACAUGCACCGUACUUAUUAUUGCCCAUCGACUGAAUACCGUCAUGGAUAGCAAUAAAAUUCUUGUGAUGGAUGCUGGUCAAGCUGUGGAAUUUGAUCAUCCUUAUGUGUUGCUUCAAAAGGAAGACGGCAUUUUUCAUAGUAUGGUACAGCAAACAGGUUCAUGUAUGGCUGCAAAUCUGUUGGAAAUUGCUAAAAAGAGUUAUGAAGCUAAUCAAGGUAGUGAUAAUACGGAAAACUAAAGAGUCGUCAAUUAUUCCAUUAAGAUUUAAGUUUUCUACAUGUACUAUAUUAUUAUGUAUACUGUGUAUACAAAUGCACCGUAGUAUUUGAUAGACUUGAAGCGCAUAAAAUACAACGAAUGAAGACUCACUACUACUAUUUGUACACAAAUCAAAGACUGUACGUAUUAAUCGUUGCUUAUAAUAUGAGAUAAUUUUGAUAGGAAAGUUAAAUGAAAGUCGUUUACCUAAUAAUUCAAUAAAGAUGAUCCAAACAGGACAAGUCAUCGAAUCAUAUUAGUUUUGUAUGAUCAUUAUACAUAAAUAGUAAUGUAAUAUUGUGAGAACUAACUCAUACAUUGUAUAGAAAGAUGUGAUGAAAUAUAUCCUUGAACAAUGUAUUUCUUUUAAAUUUAUUUAUUCAUUAUUA